AUGACUACAAGAAGUUUCACCAACAUAUACAUACUGAUGAGAAAAAAUUGUUUGCAAACUAUCCAUUCAUUUAAAGAAUCUGCUAAGCAUAACGAUUAUGAUACAAAUAGCAAAGGAUGUAUUAACGACGAAGUGUUGUUAAUGGAGGCCGAUCGAGCUAUUGACAUGCGAUCUCAGGAAAUAUGUCCACCUCCGUGGACCGGACUGUUUGAAGAUGCUCAAUGUUCUAUUGCCUGGUUACAGAAUAAAUUAGAAGAAUUGCGUUCGUUACAAGAUGCACAUUUGUUGAGACCUGCAGCCCUCGAUGAUUGUAACUUGCAAGAGAAAUACAUCCAAGAUCUUACAUUAGAAAUUACUAGAAUAUUUGCUUCAACCAAAAAAACAAUCAAUCAAAUACAAUUACACUCGAAUGGAAUAUUCGCCAACAAAGAAUCCCAACUUUCUUACAACGUGUCAUCCGCUUUAAUGUCAUCGUUACAAAACGUUUUCAACGAAUUUCGAAAUUCACAAAAAGUCUAUCGCAACAAAAUCAAAAAUUUAGAAGGGAUAUCGUUACAAAUGCUAUUCGAAACCAACGACAUCAGUUCUAAUUCUAAUUCAUUCAGUAUUAACGAACAAUGUUCGUCGAAUGCUUUUAGACAACAGUUGCAGAUGUUACAGUCGAAUCAAACGCGAACAUUCGCUGCUAUACUUAUCGAAGAGGAAAACGCUAAAAUGGCCGUACAGUUGGAACGCGAAGGAAAUCGGAUAGCCAGUUCUAUUGUUGAACUCAACAACAUAUUUAAAGACGUUGCACACAUGGCCGUUCAACAAGGUAAUGUUUUGGAUCGGAUAGAUUACAAUAUUGAGCAGACUGAAAUUAAAGUUAAACAGGAUGCAGCGAAGCUUAUAGAAUCGGAAGAUUGUUAUGAUCGAAAGAUUAAAUGUAUUUUGAUUUUAGUUACCAUUAGUUUUUUGUUUUUAAUUCUAUUAGAAAUAACAGCAUUAUAA